CUUCCGGUGCGGAGGUCACCAUGGCGGCGUCCUUGGCUCGGCUCGGGCUCCGGUCUGUGAAGCAGGUUCGGGUUCAAUUCUGCCCCUUCGAGAAGAAUGUGGAGUCGACAAGGACCUUCCUCCAGGCGGUGAGCAGCGAGAAGGUCCGUUCCACCAAUCUCAACUGCUCGGUGAUUGUGGACGUGAGGCACGACGGCUCCGAGCCCUGCGUGGACGUGCUGUUCGGAGACGGGCAUCGCCUGAUUAUGCGCGGUACACACCUCACCGCCCAGGAAAUGCUCACAGCCUUCGCCUCCCACAUCCAGACUAGGGCUGCGGCGGGGAGCGGGGACAAGCCAGGCGCUGGUACCGGGCGCUGACAGUGCAGAAGAGAUCAACAAGCAGAUUUUAGCUUGGGAUUGUUAGGACACUUACCUAAAAGUUUGAGAGACUUCGUCACUCGAAUCACCAUCUGGAGGGCCAUGGAGCGCCAAAAAGAAAAAAAGAGCGAGCCCUGUGACUACUGAUCCAACCAACGUUUCAGAAACGAGACAUGAUUGGAGAGGGAUCUGCACAAACUUGAAUUUAUUUCAUUUUCUUACCAUCACUCCCUGCUUUACCCUUUUGAAUAUGGCUUUUCCCACCACUCACUCAAGGUACCUCUUGCUCUUAUUAGCCAAAUCCAGUGCUGUUUUUCUCGGUCCUCAUAGUUCCAUCUCAGUAGCAUCUGCCACUUUUAAAAUUAAAUUUUUAAUUUUAAUUAAAUUUAAUUUAAUUUAAAAUUAAAAUUUUAAUUUUAAUGCCACAAACUCCCUUGUGGAAGUUCUCUUCCUCAUGGGUUUUUUUUCUUUUAACCAUAAAAUUGUACUCUCAUCCUUCAUUUUCUUCUGUAUGUCUGAGCAUUUCAUCCUGUCAUAACUUGAACUCUGGGGUUAAAUCCUACAUUUCUGUUUGGCUCUAAUCUCAACGACUGUGCUAUGGUCAGGUUACCUACUACCGAUUUCCUCCAAACCCCACCAAACUCUGUGUCCAAAAUAGAAUUGAUAAUCUUACACAUACAUAUACUUUCCUCUCCCCCUGACUUCUCCAUUCCUUCAUCUGCUUCAUCUUCUCAGCCACCUGGGCUGGAAACCGCAGCAUUAUCUCUGCUUCUGCCCUCUCUCUUUCCCUGCAUAUCCAGUUAGUAAAUUCAAAAUAUUCUUUUUUAAACAAAAGCUUCUGAAAUGUUUUCUCCAUUCCCAUUCACUUUCCUGUAUCAUUGUAUUCUCCCACCCAAUCUCCUUUUUUUCUAUUGUUGUAAACAUAGAUUGAAUGCUGGCACUGUGAA